AUGCAUUCCAUUACGAGGAGGAAGAAGUGCUAUGUGAUUGUGGGUUGCGAGCAGCUAGAAGAAUUUCCAGAACCUCUAGCAACCCUAAUCGCAAGUUUUUUGGAUGCCCACAGUUCAGUCACGUAG